CUCCACAAUUGCAGAAUCUUGAAAAUCCAUUGCAUAUUUCGUUCUCUCUCUCUCCCUCUCUCUCUCACAGUGGCGCCAUGGACGAGAAAGAAGACAGCUCCGCAACUGGCCAGAAAGAAGGCGACAAUGGCAUCGAUGACUUGUUGGACACAAGCAAAGCGGAGAGAGCAACGUGGCUCUUGAAAUGCCCUCACCUCAUCUAUACCUCUCUUCAGUCUCCACCCGAUGACUCCGACCCUUCUCGCCCCGUUGCCAAAGUUCUCCUCUCCGUCGACCCCCUCCACUCCAACGACGACAACUCCGCCACUGAGUUCACAAUGGAAUUAAUGGCUGGCACUGAACCUGGAAAUUUACCCAAGUCUUACUCUAUGGAUAUGUCGUCUGAAGACUUGGUUCCAAUGUUGGUGUUUUCUGAGUCAUCACAAGGGAAGUGUUGUGUGGAAGGAAAAAUACUGAACAAACUUGGCGUGAAGCCCCAUGACAAGGAUAUUGACAACUAUGGGAAACUCUUCCGCGAAAGGUUGAAUAAAUAUAAGGCCAAGAGUAGACAGAUACAGGUGAUCAGCAACGAGGAUGCACGUAUGACUCCAAUGCCAGGGAUGUUUGGUGAUAACAAGAUAAUGGCAGCUAAAAGAUGUAGAAGGGAUCGCAGUGAAAUGGAAGAAAUUAUGUUUAAGCUGUUUGAAAGGCAACCAAAUUGGACUUUAAGACAGCUUAUCCAGGAGACAGACCAACCUAAACCAUUCCUGAGAGACCUGCUUAAAGACCUAUGUGUCUUCAAUUACAAGGGAUCUAAUAAAGGAUCUUAUGAGCUGAAACCACAAUACAAAGUAAACAAAUUGGAGUAAUGUUACGUGCAAGUUCCAAUCUACAAGGCUUUCGUAAAAAUGUGUAUCCCAUAAAAUAAAAAGAGAGUUUUUUCA